AUGGCUGCCGCCCUAGACGAAAUGGGCUAUUAUUUUAACGAACGCGGCGAGCUACGCGACAAGGAACAUGAAGCGUUCAAGUUUACGACACAGGCGCAGUACGAAAAACUAGGCGACGCCAUCACCGAAUAUCUUUACGAACAGAUGGAAGGGCGUUUCGGGAUGGAGCGCUUGGCGGUGCGGCCCGAGAUCGACGAGAAUGAGCCUAGCGAUUAUGACCAAUAUCCGGACGAGAGUUUUGGCUUCAUCUUCGCGUCGCCUGACUACUUCAGAAAGCGCGUGCUGGUGGUGUUGAUACAUGGCUCAGGAGCCGUUCGUGCCGGACAGUUGAUUAUCAACGAAAAUAUCGACGAGGGGUCACAAUUUGGAUAUAUCCAGAAUGCGAUCGACCGGGAUUGGGGCGUCUUGGUAUUCAACACGAAUGAUAACUGUCGAACGAAUGCCGAUGGGCAGAGAAUAUCGCUUCCGUUCAGCAACACGCCGAACAAGCAUUCACUAAAUGCCUGGAAGCGCUACAUCCAGGGAGGGCAUUGGGACGAAAUCCAUGUUGUCGCUCACUCGGCUGGUGGAUCGAAUAUUUCCAACAUUAUGGAUGAUCAGCGCGAGGAUAAAGUCAAGACCAUUCUGCUGACCGACUCCUGGUUCAGUGGAAAUAUACGAUCAGCUUUUGCCAUCAAUUUCAAAUGUUCCGUGAUUUCGCCUAACAGUACCACUGGCUUUGCGAGGGAGGGCGGCAGGGAUCAAUUUUGGAUGCCAGCCGGAACUCUCGAUCAUGACCGCAGUUCGGCAUCCUGUAUCGAUGCCGCUUUCUACGCUAUGGAGAAUUGGCGUGACUAUCAUAGCGAAAGAGUGGCGAAAUAUAUUUUCCUGGCUGAAGUUGCAAACCGUGUUCGUAACGGGAGCGUGCCUUCCGAGAUCUACCUGCGAAAUGCUCGCAGGAAGAGUGGCUCUCAACGCAAUCCCGAGCCAUCACCGUCGCCAGAAUACCCGGAUCGCGAUUCCGAU